ACAGUCUAAGUCUAUUUGUAAUCAUUAGUCCUUGUUCGUUAAUAAGUAUACAUUUUUUUGCUGCACACACUACAUUAUAGAACAAAGUCAACAAGUAACCUGACUUCAGACAUCAUUUGCGUCUAAGCGCAAGAGGGAAAAGUCAGCCAGUUCAUCCUAAAAAGUAAUGUUCACAGUGACGGAGUUUGCGUCCUUAAAUGAUGUCCAUCCAACAUACCGCAUCUUGAAGCCAUGGUGGGAUGUCUUCAUGGACUACCUGAGCCUGGUCAUGCUCAUGUUGGCCCUCUUUGCCAUGACCAUGCAGAUCACCAAGGACCAGCUCGCUUGCCUUCCUUUCAUGGAGGACUCACAGGAGCACUCCAGAAAUGAGAGCGCACAGCAAGUAGCUGCCGCGAUGAACGCCAAAGACAUGUCAGAGAAAGCUGAUGACAAUGUCCAGACCCGCUACCAAAGUGCCGAUAGGGGCAGAGAGAAAUGUCCUAAUCACCCUCACGCACUGGGAAUCAUGACCAAUUUGGAUUUUCAGCAGUAUGUGUUCAUCAACCAAAUGUGUUACCACCUUGUCUUGCCCUGGUAUUCCAAAUUCUUCCCCUACCUCAUCCUGAUCAACACUAUCAUCCUUAUGGUCAGCAGCAACUUCUGGUUCAAAUUUCCCAAGACGAGCUCAAAAAUAGAACACUUUGUCUCGAUUCUGUGUCGCUGCUUCGAAUCUCCCUGGACCACUAAGGCCGUGUCUGAAACGGCUUGCGAAGAGUCAGAGAAGAACAAGCAGAGGUUGAGCGGCACCUCCUUAGCGCAGCAGAAUGCGUCUUUAGAGGGCAACGAUCAAGGUUCAAGUUCCAUCUCGACCUCGCCGGUGCUCGAAGGUGUGGUCUCCGCAGAUAAUCCCAUUGCCGAAGCCCCGACGGCCACGAUGCCCAUCUUGGAUAAAAAGGAUGGGGAGCAGGCCAAAGCCUUGUUCGAGAAAGUGCGCAAGUUCCGGGCCCACGUGGAGGACAACGAUUUCAUCUACAGGUUUUACGCAGCUCAGACUAUUUUCAAAACGGCCACAUUCAUUUCCAUGCUGUCCUACACAUCGAGCUUUUUGGUGAAAAUUAAUUUCAUACACAUCUGCGAGACCGAUGUCAAAGCGCUGGUCGGGUACGGAAAGUUCUUCUGUACGCAUAACAUGGCUUUCAUGUUAGACAAAGUGCUCAUUUGUUACAUCGCUCUCAUGAUAAUGUACGGAAUGGUGUGUCUGUACUCCAUCUUUUGGGUAUUUCGGGGACCUCUGAAAGAGUAUUCCUUUGAGAAAGUCAGGGAAGAGAGCAGCUUUAGUGACAUUCCCGAUGUCAAAAAUGACUUUGCAUUCCUCUUGCACAUGGUGGACCAAUACGACCAGCUGUACUCCAAGCGCUUCGGCGUCUUCCUCUCUGAGGUGAGCGAGAACAAGCUGAGGGAGAUCAGCCUCAAUCACGAGUGGAACUUCAAGAAAGCGAGGAAGUGCGUGACCCGGAACGCGCAAGAUCAGCAGGAGUUGCACCUUAAGAAUCUCUUUGGGCUUCCGAAUGUGGUCUUUGACCUCACCGACUUGGAGGUGCUCAAGCUGGAGAAGAUUCCCGAAGUCAGAUUCACGGCUAACGUCUCUCAGAUGACCAGUCUGAGGGAACUGCACCUCUACGAGUGCCCCGCCAAGGUGGAGCAGACCGGGUUUGCGUUCCUCCGCGAUCAUCUUCACAGCCUUCACAUCAGUUUCACCGACGUCGCCGAGAUCCCGACGUGGGUGUUCCUGCUGAGGAAUUUGCGACAGCUUUACAUCAUCGGCAACCUGAGCUCCGAAAACAACAGGAUGGUUGGUCUGGAAUCCAUGCGGGAUUUGAGGCAUUUAAAGACAUUGUGCCUGAAGAGCAACCUCCCGAAAUUGCCCGCCAACCUCACCGACGUGUCGCAGCACCUGGUGAAAUUAAUGGUGCACAACGACGGCACAAAGCUCUUCGGACUGAAUACUCUGAAAAAAAUGACCAACCUCAUUGAUCUGGAAUUGCACAGUUGUGAGCUGGAGAAGAUUCCCCACGCGAUUUUCAGCUUGCUCAACCUGCAGGAGCUCGAUCUGAAGUCCAACAACAUCCGCACCAUCGAGGAGAUCGUCAGCCUCCAGCACCUCAAGAGGCUGACCUGUCUCAAAUUGUGGCACAAUAAAAUUGCAGCGAUCCCGUCCUCCAUCGUCCAGGGCAAGUCUCUGGAGGCUCUCCACCUCUCGCACAAUAAGCUGCAGGCCCUGCCGUCGGCAUUGUUCAAGCUCCCCAAACUGCAAUACUUGGAUUUGGCCCACAACUAUAUCCAGGCGCUCCCGCCAGAUGUCGGUCUCCUGCUGGAUCUGCUGCACCUGGACGUCACGUCAAACAAGCUGGAGACCUUGCCCAAGAAUCUGUUCAAGUGCACCAAGCUGAGGGUGCUUUGCCUGGGCCACAACGACCUUCAGGAACUGUCGGAGGCCGUGGGCGAGCUGGUUCUGCUCAAUCAUCUGGAGCUGAAAGGCAACAGUCUGGAAAAGCUGCCCGCGCAGCUCGGCAACUGCCGCCGGCUGCUCAGAAGUGAGUUCUUGGUGGAGGAUCACCUCUACAUGACUCUGCCUGUGGAAAUCAGGGAGAGCAUCAGCCGAGACAGCAACAUCGCCAGUACGAGUGUCUUAUAGCUGGAGGGGUUCACAAAUCUUUGAGGUCCAGGCAGAAUUUCCCCCCCCCCCCUCAAAAAAACCUUUCAAACUCCUCACACCAAGUAAACAUUACCACUUCACCGACAGUGAACCUCUGAUACAUGAUUGCGAAAAUCUGAGUAACUGAUGCCGAUCCGAAUGGUUUGUAAUUGCAGAUGAAUGACACAAGAUGGUGGCAAAACAAAAAGCUCCUCCUUUCAACAGAAUCGGUAGGCCAAAGAUGUUAUAAGAUGGCGCCAAAGCUAUGUAGAUUUUUAUUUUAUUUUUUUUAAAUAAGACAUGGCUUUGGAGGACAUGUUGCCCCUCAAGAAAAGAAUGUCUGGCACUUUAAAAGAAUAAAGAUGAAAUUUUCAGAAUAAAAAGUUAUAAGCUGCAUUCGGAGUUAGUCCCGUUCCGUCUCAACUACCGCAUAUUCGAGGCUCAGCAAUCGUGCAUUAACGUGCAGAUUUUGUGUGCCCGCGCAUUUAGGCCUAAGUGAUAAAAAUAUUGCUUUUUCACCAUCUUGUGGCUUCUUGCUUUCAAGGCACUGUUGAAGUGAUUUGAAGCGUUAAUGCUGACAUACGUAGUGCUUUGUUACCAUCUUGUUUACUUGCGUUCUGAAUGUAUCGAUGUAUCCCACAAUGCAUCUAGGGAAAAAAAAGAUUUUCAGUUUGUGGGUUAUUGUCUGAUUUUCGGUACAAAAGAAAUUCAAGUUGAGGCACCAAAAUAUAUGAUGUUGAUCUGGUACGUCAUUAGUAUGCGACAGCUAUAACAUGAUAAAGAGCGUUCCUAGUAGUGUUCCAAAACGUCUUCAUUUGACUGAUGAGUACUAUGUAGUCUACUGUACGGAAAUCCUAAGUAAUUAUAGCAUUGAUAUGAGUGAUUACAAACACAUAAUAUGGAUUUUUAUAUGGCAAUUUUUCCAGUUUAACAAGGAACAAAAAAAAAACAUUUUACCAAGUGAAUUUCAAAAAUAUAACUUGUCUUGGAAGAAAAUGGGACUUAAUUCCUGCCAUAAACCUUAUUCAGGUGUUUUUUGGGGGUCGGUGGGGGGGGUGGGUAAAUGAUGCAAAUUAUUUUGCGGACACCUAAACUGGCUCGCAAACCCAGUUUGACAAAAUGUUUAAAGCACCAAACACCCAAGGGCUGGGCAAUGAAUGCUUUAUUUCAUGAUGAUGUUCAUGGUUUAUCUUAAUUGCUCAUUGUUAAACAGAAUGAAUGUGUACACCUGUCAUUUAAUCAAACCUUUGUUUUGCAUCAACUAUUUUCAAUUUCUGAUCAUUCCAGACCUGUUUUUUUUUUUUUUUUAAUUUAUGUUGAUCUUUGGUAUUUUAGCCCCUCAGGAACAAUUGUGUGGAUGAAAAUUUGCAUAGGGGAAUGUUUUUUUCUCUCUCCAAGUGGUUUUACUUUACUGUAUUCUUCACAGCCCCCACACCCCUCCAAAAAAAUCACACCUUGUCCCUUGUUCGUUGUGCUCACUACUUGAAGAAUACUUUCUGCUCCUUUCAUGACUAACGUUGUUAGUGGUGUUUGUUGACAAAUGCCAUAAAGAAAGUAGCAAUUCCAGAAACUAAAUCACUCGAUUUUACCUUGAUCCACUAUGUUUUAGAUAUAUACAGUUCACUUGCAUAAAGAAAUUCAUGAAUGUUCUCAGAUUCUGUUUUCCUAGACGGGCAACACCUUAAACACGUUUUCACCAUGCUUUGAAAUGUCAUCAUGUACACGUCUUCUACUUUGACAUCUUAUUCUACAUUCACAUCAAAGCUGUUUGCCCCCCCCCCCAUGUAUUUUUUUUGUGGUAUACUCUCGAUGAAUGUAUUCAUCCGGAGUUGCUGUAUCACCUCAGUGUCCUGUGCUCAAAUGUUCACAGCUUUUAUGGCUCAAUAAAAAAACAAUGAAAGGAUAAA